UUAGGGAAAACCCAGUGCAAAGAGGAGAUCCCUCCAAUACCCAGGCCACCAACUUAUUCUUUUGUGUACUCUGAUUUCUCAUCCUUAUUAUAUAUGGUCUUUUAUUCAGGGCCUCAGAUCUGAAAAAAUUGGGCUAAAAGAUCUCAUACAGAAAGUUCAUCUCCUAGAAAUACAAAAGAUAACUUCAAAGGGCUGUUACAAUUCAAGUUACAGGGGAGAUCCCUGUCCUGGAGGCACGUGUGGGAGGAGGGACUAGGCCUGCCAGGUGAGAGCAGGAGGGGAGUAUGAGGGAGUGGUGAGUGGGUCAGGGGAGCCGGCAGGUGUGGGGCGUGGGGACCGAUCUGUCAGUGUUCUCGCAGGAGCCCAGUUCUUUGCCUUCAUCCGCUGCUUUUGCUCCUUCAACUGCUUCAUUAAUUUGAGCAGAAGUCUUGGGUCAGCUUUCAGGUUAGUCGUUGGCUGAUGUUUUCCCUGUGGUAGAGCUGGGAGACUGGCUAUAAUCACUCCCAUUAGCAGUUGGCAGCUCCCCAGUCUGCUUUUUAACCUGGACUGUCUCAGCCCUGACAUCUGCCGGACCUGCUGUGACGCUCACACAUGAGGGCGGUCUGCACACGCUCUUUAUUCCCCACCUUGCCCCAUGUGGCUGGGCCUUGGCACCCGCUGCCAGAGCCAAAUCUCUCACAUUGUGAAGUCUGUGGAGACCAGCUCUAAGAACCACUGUCUAAUGAGAGCUUUGCUCCCUGGCACUUACUGAAGUGCAAAGCUGUGGGGGACAGAACUCUGAAUGUGGCCUCAGGAAGGAAUUCAGCCCAGAAAACAUCAUUAAUGGCUUGUGCCGUGAGGAAAUGUUCCCUGGGAGGUAAAGACAAGAGCUAAGUGGAAUUAUGAUAACACCAGCUGCCUUUAGCUGAGUACAUACUCUGUGCCAGGCACUAGGCUAAACCCUUGGAACUCAUGACCUCUCUUAAUAACAGCCUGUUAAGGUAGAUAUUGGUCCCUUUUUACAGUUGGAUAAUGUGAGGCCAGAGGGGAAAUAACCAGUUCCAAAUCACCCAAGCUAAGUGGCAGAGCUGAGACCCCAGAGCAUUCUCACCAUCUAAUAUCUCUGUCUGGCAUGACUGGACAUCGAACUUUUUAAAGGUUAUGUGUGCUAGAGGCAGGUGGAAAUAGUGCAGGUUAGUGGUUUUAAAUCCCAUAUCUACCAUGGAUUAGUUGUAGAGACGGACCUCCAAGAGACUGGAAAAAGCAGUUUUGGCCCAAACUGACCCUUAUUCACAAGGCAGAUUUAGGGGCAAGGGCUGGGCAAGCAGCCACCAUGGUGCUCCCUUGUCCUCCACCAUGGUGCUCCCUUGUCCUCCUCCCUGGCACUGCAUGGUGUGAGCCCCAACAGUACAAGUUUUAACAGCAAUGGAAUCAAGGCAGGGAACUUGCAGCCUGAAGUAUGCAGAGAAGGAGGAAGGGGCAGACAAGUUUCCUGCCUUGCUUUGACGUGGCUGGAAUGUUUGCAUUAUACAUGAGCCUCAAAUUUUUUUUUUUGAGCCCCAAAUGCUCCAGUCAUUGUUUUCUCCCCUAAACCUCUAAGACCAUAACUCUACCUGCUGCCUUCCUGAGUUGCUGAUGGGUAUCCAGCCCCAGUCAUGGAAUAAAUCCCAGGGGGUGAGUCAGAAUGAGCUCUGAGCCUGCAGGGCCUGUCCAGGGUGGCAGGUUGUAAUAUUCACCAGCACCCAAUUUGAGCCUUUGUUUUUAUCAAGGUACCCGUAGCUCUAAAGGUCCCUUUAUUUUCCUCUCUGCUAGAUACAUCUUUAUUAUUUCUAAUUCUCACUUUAAGGACCUCUGAGAAUACCAAAAGCCCCACUCGGCUGGGGCCACAUGAGUAAUUCUUUUACCUGCACUCUCCCCCCCAAGCAGUUAUAUUCAAAGAACUGCUCCAUUCACUGGAAAGUGGGACGUCCCUGAGGGUCUAUCACUGAACCCAGUGCAGGGCACAGCAAUAUGUAGAAAUUCAUGUCUGGGCUGCUGUUCCUGGUCCUUUUAAUCCGCAUGGCCUGAUUCCUCAGUUAGUUUUCAAGUGUCUGAAGGAGAGGCAGGCUGCCCCAGGUAAAAGGGCGCUGGACUGGAUGUAGAGGCCAAAGCUGCCCCUGCUGCCUGCAAAAGAAGUUGUGCUGACCGGGAGCAGAGGCCGGAACCUGUCGUCUGUGCCUGGUGCUCAGAGGCAUGAUCUACACGGAGACCAAGGCCAUCGCGUUACUAACGCUUCAGCAGUUAGGCUGGUAGGAUCGCUGAACGACUUCCGUAGGAAUCCUCUGCUCGGGUUAGGUCCUCCCAGCGUCAACCCCGCCCACUCCCGCUUCCCCGUUUCUCCUCCUCCCCUCUCAUCCUCUAGGCCCCCUCACAGAGCUCCCCACCCGAACUCUCGCGCCUCAGCAACCCCUCCCCCCUUUUGUUCCUGCGGAUCCAGCGAGCCAGGCUUUCUCCUUCUCUGGUCUCUCCUCCUCCUCUCCCCCUUGAAUCCAGUCCUGGUUUCCCCGCCGCCAGCCUCCCUUUCCUCUCCGACUGGGCUAGCUCCCCGCCCCCGCCUCGCCCGUCGUCACCGCGGUGGGUUCAGCUCCUCGCCUACCCCACUUCCCAGGCUCCCGGGGCUUGGCUCGCCCAGUCCGGUGGCUCCAGUCCGGAUCUCGCUGCUGCCCGACCCGGGUACGAGUCCCAGCCGCUGGGGAGGAGGCGGCGGCUGGCCUCGGCUCCCCUCGGCCGCCUUGCCAGCCCGGGGUUGGCGGGGAGGGAGCAGCUGGGCAGCCCCCCGGAGCUCCUCGGAGGACAAUGCACCCAGCGCUCGGCAACCCCCGCUCGGUCUCGUCCUCAUCCGGCUCCUUCCCACCGCCCCCCGCCGCUGCCCGGCUGCAGCCCCUCUUCCUCCGGGGGGGUUCCUCCCGCGGCCGGAGAGGCUCGGGCGACAGCAGCACUAGCACCAGCACCAGCCGGGGGGGAGGCGGCGGCAGACGCGGCGGGGGCGGCGGCGGCUCCCCCAGCAGCAGCACCGGUGCCGAGAGAGAGGACGACGACGAGAGCAUCAGCAUCAGCAAGCCGCUGGUGCCAGCCACCGCCGCGGGCCUCCCGGGACCCCCGGCUCAGGGGGGCGCCCCAGCCGCCGACCCCGCGCCCGCCGCCUUCUCCUCCUCGGCCGCCACCUCCUCCUCCACCUCCACGCCCACCUCCUCCUGCAGCAUGACAGCCGCGGACUUCGGCGGGGGCGCUGCGGCCGGGGCCGUCGGGGGCCCCGGGGGCCGCUCAGCCGGCGGCGCGGGCGGCACCGGGACCGGCAGCGGCACCUCCUGCUGUUCGUGUUGCUGCUGCUGCGGCCGUCCGGCCCGGUCGGGCCGCAGGGGUCGGCGCCGAGGUUGCGCCCCCAGCCCGGGGUGCCGCUGGGGCUACCAGGCGCUGUCCGUGGUGCUGCUGCUGGCACAGGGCGGUCUGCUGGACCUGUACCUCAUCGCCGUCACCGACCUGUACUGGUGCUCCUGGAUCGCCACCGACCUGGUGGUGGUGGUGGGCUGGGCCAUUUUCUUCGCCAAGAACAGCCGGGGCCGUCGGGGCGGCGCGGCGAGCGGCGUGCACAACCACCACCAGCACCACCACCACGCCGCGCCGCCUCUACACCUGCCCGCCGCCUCGGCCGCCUCCGCCGGGGCUGCGGCGGGGGCCAAGGCGCGCGGCGGCCGCGGGGGCGCAGGUGGCCCGGGGGGCGGCCCGGGCGCUGCCGGGGCAGCGGGCGAGUUCGCCUUCGCCUAUCUGGCCUGGCUCAUCUACUCCAUCGCCUUCACGCCCAAGGUGGUGCUUAUCCUGGGCACGUCCAUCCUGGACCUCAUCGAGCUGCGCGCGCCCUUCGGCACCACGGGCUUCCGCCUCACCAUGGCGCUGUCGGUGCCCCUGCUCUACAGCCUGGUGCGGGCCAUCAGCGAGGCGGGCGCCCCCCCUGGCUCGGCGGGACCCCUGCUCCUGCAGCCCCAGCAGCACCGAGCCGCCGGCUGCUUCCUGGGCACGUGUCUGGACCUGCUCGACAGCUUCACCUUGGUGGAGCUGAUGCUGGAAGGCCGCGUGCCGCUACCCGCGCACCUGCGCUACCUGCUCAUCGCCGUCUACUUCCUCACCCUCGCCUCGCCGGUGCUCUGGCUCUAUGAGCUCAACGCCGCAGCGGCAGCUUCGUCCUGGGGCCAGGCUUCAGGGCCGGGCAGCUGUAGCCGCCUUCUGCGCCUGCUGGGCGGCUGCCUGGUGGACGUGCCCUUGCUGGCGCUGCGCUGCCUCCUGGUGGUGAGCUACCAGCAGCCGCUCUCCAUCUUCAUGCUCAAGAACCUCUUCUUCCUUGGCUGCCGCGGCCUGGAAGCCCUAGAGGGCUGUUGGGACCGGGGGAGUCGAGCCUCCCCCAAUCGGGGGAGAGGGGGCUACGGCCCUCCGCCCUCUGCCCCGCCACCGCCACCACCACCACCACCACCUCAGGGAGGCUCCCAGCUGGGCCAUUGCAUCUCGGAGAACGAGGGAGGUGCCCAUGGCUAUGUCAAUACCCUGGCCGUGGCAUCCCAGAAUUGAGGAGGGAUAAGGGAGAGGGGCUUGCUUUGGGGUUGAGAGACCCCACCCCCUUGUCCUUUGACCGUCUAUCACCCAGAUUUAAUCAGGCUCUAUUUGGAAGACAGAACUGUUAAUAGGGCUAAGGGCCAGUGUGUCCUGCACCCCUUGGGUCAAGACUGGAGGGAGACCAGCAACUAACGGUGAAGGAGGAAGGUCCACUUACUACUACUGUAGUCUGCCUUCUCCACGCCCUACCCUAACCUAGCCUCCAGGGGCCGGAUACCUCUGCUUCCUGCUUUUCCCACCACCAUCCUAAUUCCUGUCCAUUUUGGGGGAGAAUGGUAAAAAGGGGGUGCCCAGACAGGGGUGCUGGGCCUUAAGCCAUCCCCCUCGCUUGGAAGUGCCAGCUUCUUAUAGGCUGUGGUUAGUGGUCAUUGUCCCACGCCUUGAAACUGAUCCAGAAUCCACUGUUCCCCUGACGUGUCUUUUGGAUUUUUUUCCAGAUGGUAGAUGCAACGUCUGUGUUUGUCUGUGUGUGUAGUAUAGUUUUCCUCCCCAAAUAUUAAUUUCCAGAAAGAGCUGGGCUCCUGGGAGCUGCCCAAUUGCUCUCCUCCAAGGGAGACGCUCACCCAGGAUCUUCCUCAGUUCUACUCCUCUCUUCUCAGUUUGGGGGAGGAGAGGGUCCAUACUCUAAGGACCAAACCACACCCUUUCUUGGGUGAGUGAGCAUUUCUACCUCCGUGCUUUCAACUUUUGUUGCAUCAUACACUGAUGCUGCUUGCAAAAAAUAAAGGCAAAAUACUCAGAAAUUGCAUUCAACAUGGCCACUGGAUCCAGCUGGGGUUUGGUGCCAGUCUUAUUACAGGGUCUGUGGAGUAUCAGCCAUUGGCUUGCCCUCCCGCUCUCCCUCCCUCUGCACCCAGAACUCUUAUCCUUCCUGAGGUUUGUUGCUGACUGGGUCAGAUCUUGGCUCAGCUUUGGUGGGGUUCCUGGAUAGAUGUGAAGUUGGGGCUCCCAUUGGCUCAAGGAAAUCCAAUUCCCCAUCUGUCCUUCCUCUAGGAAGCCUGGUGUGAAUCAGAAAGGGUGGUGACCUUUGUCCUCUGCUCUGGUUAAGAGAAUUUCUAAGGAGAAGGCAGGCUGCAUGGAGAGGCUGGGCAGAUCCUCCCCCUGCCCUGCCUUCCUCCCUGGCAUUCUUUUGAGAUUAAUGACCAGGGACACCCAGGGGUUGCCCGCCUAUAGUCUGGAUGUGGGACAUCACUCUUGGAAUCUUUGAGGGUGAGUAUUUUUAGGGGAGGUAAGAGUGCAGGAGGACAGUUGGCAGCAAGGCCAGGAAAUACUCACUUCCCUCCACCCCAGAAUAGGAUGGGGUGGGGGCUUUUUUGUUGCCCUUCCCCCCUUUGUAUGCUUUGUGUGGUGUAAUGAACCCCAGACAAAGGACCAGAAGUCAUGGAUUGUAGUUUUGACUGUCACUCACGAGCUUUGAUGGCACUCACUUUUGCUUUCUGGGUCUCAGUUUUUUACUUGAGGCCCUUCUCUCCCAACUUCUUGGGGGUUUGUUGAUAGAAGACUUCCAUGUAGAUACACAGAGGGGCUGAUGUCUUGACCAGAGUCCUUCUGAAACUCCCCUACUGUCACAGUGGGGAACAAUGGAGGAAACAUGUUUACGCUCAAUGUAUCAUCUGUGCUCCCAGCCCCUCACCCUCCUAGGUCCAAUAUUAGCGGGUUGGAUUUUGCAACUAGUCUUUUUUUUCUGCCUCUGCACUCCCCCCGCCCCCAUAUCCUUUCCCUUUGAAUUCGGUGUGCUCAAAGUCCUGGGCCCAGACCGCUCCCCAGGUCUCCAUCUCUCUCCAGCUUUGCUCUGUUUCUCUGCUACCUAAUCUCAGUGGCUGUGAAUGGACUUUGUGUCUGAGCCAUGGCCAGCCCCUGGCUGGCCCCUGCCCCACCCCCUUUCUCCUGUUUGGAUGGUGGUCUCCCCCCGCUGAGUGACUGACUAUAAAAUCUGAGUGCUGUUGAGUUUUCUGGUGGGAGGCUGUGAUAGGUUCCAAUGAGCUACCACGUCCCUAGGUACGUCGAGAGACUGAUGGCACCCGGGCCAGCCCUGGCAGAGGCUGGGCCUGCUCAGGCUCUGUCUGUGGGCCCCGCACUCACCCCUGGACGUUCUCUUUCAAACAUCUGGUGCAAGCACUUUGCGCUCAGGGGUCAAUCCCUUCCUUCUGGUGUUUUUUUCUUGAGUGUUUUACUCUUUCCUUGCCCCACUCAAAAUGAGACACGACCCCUAAAAUUUCAUUUUUCUUGCUUUCUAGGGGCAUCUGUAGUGGGGAGUUCAAACUGGAGAUGUUUCCCCGUGGGGGGGGGUCUCAUAAACAGGAGGUGCACUGUCUCCUGAGGCUCAUGAUUCACAGGAAAAUAGCCCAGGUUCAGAAUUCAGACUGCUGGCCUCUAACGUGGGUACCAGUAAGGCAUGCCUUGAUCUGAGCCUCUGACUCUAUGGAUUGUGAAAGGGGGUUGGAUCGGCCCCCCUCUAAAGGCUGUUCUGAUAUAACCUGGCCUGGUUCUGCGUCCAUGUGUUUUUGGGGAAGAGAGCUGGCUGGAAGUUAGAGCCUGGAAGAAGGGAAGUGGCACCUCACUAGCAUUGAGCACGUUUCCCCCGCCCCUUUUUCUUUUUAAAAAUAAAACCAGCCUCUGUUCUGAAAAUAAAAAACUUGA